AAGAGCCUGAGCACCCAGGAUGAUGCUUCCAGGUUUAAAGAUGUCCCGAGUUUUGAGAGAGGAAGUUUAUGAGUAUCUUCUCCAGCCUGGAGGAUGCACAUUCUUGUUAAGGAACAAACCUGUCUCCCCUCUUUACUCCCUUAACACAGCGAGUGAAGUGUGUGCUGGAACCACUUCCAGGAACAGGUUACAUUUUGAAAGCAUGCAACAUUGCCCAGACUGCACACUCAGCAAAGGCAAAAGAUGCUUCUCUGGACCAUGAGCAAUCUAACCUCAGAGCGAGUGACAAUGUGGCAGAUCCGGGUGCAUCUGAAUGGACGCACCAGAUCCUCCCUCCCCACACUGCCCACAGCAGGGGCCCUCGGGAGACAUCUGAGGUUAAGCUUGCUCUCCAGCCCCUUCCCAUGCAGGACCCCUAACCCAAGCUUCUCCCACCCCAGCGGCAGGGAUGCCUCAAUUUCUCCACCUGUACAAUGAAGAUGUUUGAAUAAAUAACGGUUUCCAUUCUCUGAUUUGUGGACUGAUUACAUCAGAAACACCUGAUUCAUGAAUCAGACUCUCUGAGGAUGUUCCCCAAAAUGUACAUUUUUAAAGAACAUUCAAGCAGUUCUGAAAAACAGUAAGUUUGGGAGGUGCUGAACUAGAUGAACUUUGAAGUCUCAGAGGAUUACGAAUAUAGGACUCACAUGGUUUAUGCCCCUCAACAAGUACGAGCCAUUUGUCACCCAAACUUCAACUUAAAAACUAUUUAAAAUCACUUCAUAUUUAAAGUAUUUAAAAACACUUCCAUAUAGUUUUCAUCCAAACUAUAUGGAAAAGCCAACAGACCUACCCCAGGGCUCUGUGAAUUCUGUGUCACACGUUCCCAUUUCCACCUUUGACAAGGACUUCUUGCUUUGGCUAAAUUCUCCUUCUUUGCUCUGAAUCUUCUGGAUGUCUCUUCAUUUCUGCUCUGCUGUCAAUUAUGGCAGCUUGGUGAUUUCUACACACAAAAUAAUCAAUCACAGGAGGCCUGUGGGCUGAACUUAAGGCUUGGGGAGGUGGCAGGGCACUUACUGCAGGAACAAGAGCACUUUGGACUGAGGACCAGGCAAACCUGUCAUCUUGGUGCUUUGGCCAGAGACAAGGUAUUCAGCAAACCUCUGCUUUGCUUUCCCUUGUGUGGUGCCAGUGGGAGAGAACACGGUCACCUGCAGUAACCAGGUGGACAACAGGGACAGGGAGAAUUAGAAACGGACGUGAGCUCAGGUAGUACUCAGACAGAACGUGGGAGAGGAUGAAUGGUCACAGGAGGGAAAGCACAAGGUGGGCUGGAAAGGCCCUGAAGUCUGCUCCUGGUGGAGCGGCUGAUCGAGUCGGGGAGUGGCUGGAGAUGAGGCUGGAGACGCAGACGGAGGAGACUGUGCACUUGCGUCCGGGUACCUGUGGGAUCCAGGAAACGCGCUUCUAGAACAUUUAUUGUAUUAAAUGAUGGUUGAGCUGGACAUCAUUAGUUUACUUCGAGAAGCCUCAGAUUUGGGGCAGAACAUCAGGAGACGGAGGGGAGCGCCCCAGUCUCUCCAGCACACAGAUCAGAGUUAGACACAUUGCGAGCCAAAUAAUCCAGCUUGCUGAGAGCAGAGUCAGAGGCUGUCCAGAGCAGAUUGCGAGGUAUGUCUGUUUUCCAAUUUCCACAAACAAAACUGCAGUUUUCUUCUUGUUUGUUUCCCAGGCCAACCACCCUAGGGUGUUCCCUAAGUCACUGGGCAAAUUUUGGGGUUCUCAGUGUUUUCCAAAGUCUCCUCUGGCUGUUGAAACUCCUGCGAAAACUUCAUAUGUAAGGCUCAUGUGACUGACACAGAAUUACCUGGGAAAUUAACAUCUACAGCCGCCUCACUGAUGCAGAGUAGCAUGGGAGGACGGAGGAUGGUAAGAGACGAAGAAACUGCCUAUGGUUCCGAGGACGACCCGCAGGAGCCCAGGCUCAGGCUCAUCCUGGCCGGGAGGACGGGGGCCGGCAAGAGCGCCACGGGCAACAGCAUCCUGGGCCAGCGGCGCUUCUUCUCGAGGCUCAGCGCCGCGCAGGUGACCACCACCUGCGCCGUGGGCAGCUGCCGCUGGGCCGGCUGGCACGUGGACGUCAUCGACACCCCGGACUUGUUGGGCGCCGAAGACCCCAGGACAGAGCCGGGCUGCGGCGAGAGGGGCCGCUGCUACCUGCUCUCGGCGGCCGGGCCGCACGCCCUGCUCCUCGUCAGCCAGCUGGGCCGCUUCACCGCCCAGGACCAGCAGGCCGCGCGCCGGCUCAAGGCCAUGUUCGGCGAUGACGCUGUGGCGCGCACGGUCCUGCUCUUCACGCACAAGGAGGACCUGGCCGGGACCUCGCUGCAGGACUACGUGCGCUGCACCGACAACCGCGCGCUGCGGGAACUGGUGGCCGAGUGCGGCGGCCGCGUCUGCGCCUUCGACAACCGCGCCAGCGGCGCGGAGCGGGAGGCCCAGGUGGCCGAGCUCAUGGCGCUGCUGGAGCGGCUGGUGCGCGCGCACGGGGGCGCGCCCUACACCAACGACGUGUACGGCCUGGCGCGCGCCCUGGGCCGCGCGCGCCCCGAGGAGCGGCUGCACAGGGUGGCGGAGAGCGUGGCGGCCCGCGUGCAGCGGCGGCGGGGGCGCGGGCUGCUGGCGGCGCUGUGGGGGCGCGGGAGGGCACCCUGGAGCCGCCGGAGGCUGGUCGUGGCCGCGCUGCUGGGGGCCCUGGGCCUGCUCUACCUGCUGCUCGCCAGGCGCCAGGCGGACGCCGCGACAGACAGCGCAGGUCUUAAAAAUGCCUUCCCCUGGCGGGAGAGGAGCUGAAUGCUUGGAGCUGAAGGGGGGACUUAAAACCUCCUUCCAAAGGAAUCCUGCAGUUUCAGACAGAGUGUUAAUGUCGCGGAAAUCUGUGAACACUGCAUCAAUUUUGUAAAAGCUCGAAGUUCACUUGUUAAGUUUUCAAGUUUCAGUUUUGGCUAAUGUAUAUAAUUUUAAAAUAAAUUGGCCUAACUUUAAAAUGUCCUUUAAA